GCCUGGCUCCAGCUGUGGAAAUGCUGCAGCUGAGGAGAAUAAAUGUGGGGAAAAGUUCAGGGCGCUAUCAUGGCUAGAGGGACGAGGCAAGGCUAAGAAGGGAGUUGCUGCUUGCUUGCUUUCUGCAACACCGGGCCCUUUGGAAGGGGAGGAUUCCUAUAGAGAAACGAAACUCCAGGCAACCCCCAGAUUCAGUUUCGUUUGUGAAGACGGACGGAGCCAAGUCCCCAUUUGUUUCCUCUGAGACGUGGAGCGAUGAGUUGCCCAAGAAAUGGAGCCCGAGGCUGUGGAGGCUGCAACGCGCUCUCGCCACGGGACGGGUGUCUAUACGCCAGGGACCGCAGAGCAGCAGGGCAGGAGGAUUGGCAGGGGCAGCAGCAGCAGCAGCGCCCGGAACAGCAUUCGGAUGCAUUUGUUAUGAUAGCCCCAAAUCCAACAAGGAGGGAUCAGUUACAGAAAAUUGCUAAUAAAGAGCUGGAAGAUCUCGCAAAGUGGAAGGAGCAGCGCAGGCCAGGAGUGCUUAAUCUGGCACCCCAGAAACUGGGUGGGAAAACAUCAGAGGCUGAAGUGAGGCGAAAGCAGCAACUUGAUCAUAUGCAGUCCAAAUACCGUCAAAAGCUGAAGAGAGAGGAAGAUGAACGAAUCAGGAGGGAGGCAGAAGAAGCUGACAUUUUGAAAAUGAAAGCAAUUCAAAGAGAAAAGGCCUAUAAACUUGAAGAAAAACAAAGGCAACAAGAAUGGCAAAGACGGCACAUGUUUGAUGAGGAUCAUUUCUUAAGAAAUGCUGAAUUUCUAAAUAGAAUGGAUUCAAGUCCGUCUGAUCGAAGAUCCUAUCAAACAGACUACCGUAGUCUGGAAUCUGCUUCCUGGGCCAGAAACCACACAUACAGAGAGCUCCAAAGGCAAGAGGAAAACAGAAAGCUGCAAGAGAUGAAGGAACAACAGCGAAGAAAGGCUGAAUUAUUAGAACUUAAACAAAGGCAAGAGGAGAAAAUGAGACUAAGAAAGCAUCAGAAUGAACAGCAAAGGGUGAAUAAUGCAUUUCUGGACAGGUUACAAAGCAAUAGUCAGCCAGGUGGCAUUUACCAGUCUGGAUGUCUUGGGAAUAUGGGUUUUACUGCUGACAGCUGGGAAUAUGACUAUUUCCAGUAAAAUGUGAGCAACUACCCAAAAACAAUUAGACAGGAUUCCUGCCACAGCACUUGGAAGAAUUGCCUUGCAAAAACCUUCAGGGAUUUAUUUUUUUCCUUCUUUCUCUCAUCCUUUUAUUCAGACUUACUUGUUUGACCUGCUGUCUUUCCUAUGACUCACAAGUAUUUUCAAGCUAUUGAUUACGGUCCUGAUAUUAAAUCUCAAAGAAACUGUGUUUUUCUUUCUUUCCCUCUCCCUCUUAUAGCUUUAGUGUGCCCAACUUGUACCUCUAAGAGGGCUUUUUAAAAAGUCUUUGUGUUUGGGGGCAUUGAUAAUGCAUCUCUACUCUUUUGACGAACAAGCCGAUCUGAAUUGUAGACGCUUGAAAGUUUUGUCUGUUUGUGAAUCCCCGUUUUUAAAAUGUUGCUGAGACAGAACAGAAUUCUUAUCCUGUGGAUUUUAACUGGUUUUGAUUCAAUUUUCUUAUGUGGAAAAAUGUACCAAAUAUCAAACGAAUAAAAGCUUUAAAUCAUUGUGGAUGGGAUACAAA